GACUUACAAGUUGAGACCCGAGACGUGAGCAAGUCGAGUUUGGAAUAUACUAAAGACGUGCCUGCACAUUAUCAGAAUUCAUCUAUUUUAUUUGAUCAUUAUCUUCCUAACGUCUGGGCAGAAAAGAAGAAAGAACAGCUAAAUAAUCGAUUAUCUCUUGUAUCAUAUAUAGUUGCUUUUAUAGUAUUACAUCGGCAGGGCUAUAGAAUCGUUGAAUAUUCAGGAUGGACUUAUAUAUUAAAAUGGCUAUUGAAUCCUGAAUAUUACCAUAUUGAUAAACACGGCAAA